CAUCGCCAGCCACGCGUCUCUCUCCCGUAGGCUUCAAUCUUCAGCCGUGAAUCUCCAGCGUGCUCUGGAUUCAGCCAUGGAGCUUAUCUCCCACCGCCGAUCGCUGAUCUUCCUGGCCGUGCCGCUCAACGUGUGAAGAAAAAUCCCACCGCCCGGCCGUCGUUAUUUCCAGUGCGCGCUGCUCUUCUUCCAGCCGGCGCUCGCCCUGGGUCACGCCCUCGACUCCGCCCGGCGCCCGGCGCUCGGACCACGCCCCUCUGCUCGCUUGUUCCAGAUCACCCAUGCCGCGACCCCCAGUUUCCUCCCAUGCCAGCGCAUCUCCCAUCCCCUGUGUUUCCUCUCUGCUGAGCUCCCAUGGCAGUUCUCUAGAGCUUCCUCGCCGCGCGCAGCCACUCCCUUCUCUCUCCUGCUCCCUCGCCGGCGUACCUCCCUGCGUGCUCCUCCCGUGCAGCUCGCCUAGCUCCCUCAAGCUUCUUAGUUCGUCCGCCCGCGAACGCCCAUGGCGCGGUCGCUUCUCUGUGCACGCGCCGUCGCCCUGAUUUCCUGCUCCCUGGCUCCAACUCAAGUUCGCUUGACCGCGCGUGUCCCUGCGCCGCACCCUGAAGCCUCCUGCUCUGGCGCCCAGCUCCCUGCGCCGAGCGCUUCUUCUUUCCCUGCGCCCUCCCCUUGCUUCUCUCUUCCAGCUCGUUCAGCCAGCGAGGUCCCUCCCAGGUCUACCUGCUCGCAGUGCCUCUGGUUCCGGCUGCAGUUCGGUGCUUGGAGCUCCCUGUCCGUCCUUUCUGCCGAGCGAUUUUCUUGCGCGCGCGCGCAGCUCUGGCUCGUUCCCCAUGGUGGCCGCGGUGCCUCUCUGCCUGCUGGAACUUCCUUGUCCGCGAACUCCUCCCGUCCGUGCCAGUCGCCGUUUCUAAGAUCGGUUCCAAGCCGCAGUGUGCCCAGCUGCUUCUUCCUCUUCCCAUGGCGUCCAUCUUCCUCGGCUCCUUUCAGCUCGGAUCCCUGCGCGCGGAGUUUUUCCCCUAGCCAAGAUCGUCCUUGCGCGCUGCCGUCGCCUAGUUCGCGUCCCGCUCUUGCUCCAGCUAUGGCGUUUCGUCGUCGCAGUUCCCUGUCCUCUGCGCGCCCUGCUUUUUGUGCGCGCGUGCUCGCCGUCUCUGUUCCAGCCGUCCGCACAAUUUUCUCUGCUCCCUUGCCAUGGUCGUCGCGUGUCUGCGCGCAGCUCGCUGAGUUCGGUCUCUGUUCUUCCUGCGCCCAAUCCAUGCCCGCGCUUUGCUUUCUACGCGCUGGCCACAGCUCAGAGUUUCCCUGCGUGAUGUCACAAAAACCGCUUAUUGUUGAUGUCGCGCUUCGUGCAUCGUGUGCUCGACGGAGGUCCCAAGCCUGUUGACAGCACACGCGCAAGCUGACGCGUGAGUUGCAGAAUCGGGUGCGAUCCUGCGCUAUGAAUCCGUCAUGACGUCGGGUGGCGAGGAGAUGGGAAGUCGGUCAGUUUUCAGUCAGAUCCAAUGGUGGAACAGCAAGGCUCGUGCGACACUCGUCAGACGCUCGACCAUAAAGCCUAAUUCAGGAGUGGCUACUCCGUCUUCUUCGCCAUAUGGAAAUCGUCGCGCUGACACGUCGAGGUCGUCGAUCGUCAUCCUCGUCUACGCCAAGUCCCCAAGCCGUGAAGACGCUCUAGUAUUGGCCACACGUCACCAGCUCGACAAAAAAAAGAAUCCCACGGAUAUUCGGUCAAGAAUGGAAACUGUGUGCCUCGCUCGCCGAACGUGUAUGAUCAACGGCGUCAGCCAGAACUCGUAGUCGUGCUUGCGACUAUCGCGUCAAAUUAGAUAGGGUAAGCAAAUUUAUUAUUCGUGCGAGUGGAUUAAUGAAUGAUCUAAACUAGGUCUAUAAAUAGAAUUGUGGUCACAAUAAAUGUUAGUAAUUUACUAAUUUAGC